CUAAUCCUCUCAGUCGCUGAAAACAGUCACAUUCGGAACGUAUAGGCCCCCCCCACUCUCUCUGAGGGAAAUUCUGCCAUGUCUGCAGCUCCAACAAAUCCUCCAGUCCGGGCCACUCCAAGAAGAAAAGAACCAUUGAUUCCGGAAGCAUUCUUGGAUGUACCCACCCAGCGCCUAUACUGCCUGAGCCUGGGAGCCUUGAUUCAGGCUGUGAAACUAUUCGACUUCUUCCGCUACAUUGCGUCGUCCGACGAAUCGCAAAGCUUUUGUUUAAAAUGGCUGGCCAUAGAUAUCAUAUCCUGCCUAUUGGUCGCGCAACUACGCAUUCCUCGUCUAAACUACGCCACUCCAGUGGUGGUGCUGCAAAUUGCUGCUUUGUGUUUUUUUGACGGGCUGAUGUUUGGUGGUGUCAAAUUAAACGUGGCGAGGGGUAUCGGUGAGGGCAGUGUAUCUUCUGAAGGAUACUCGGGACGCGCGGAUUUGCCCUCUACGCCUCAAGCUUGGAGUUAUCUAGAUUACCUAGCGCCUUUCUUUUUUGGCGCACUUUCAUCCUCAUAUAGUGCCUCUGGUGACUCACAUCUUCUCGGUCAACAUACUGUUCGGAUGUCGCCCAUUAGUACCGCAAACCUCAACCCCAAUGGCCUGACUUUUUGUCUAUCCUCGCCUGGCGAUGUUGCACUCGUACCCGUUCUUCUCAACAACACCAAUCCUUCAUCUCUGCGAUACUCUUUGACACCUUUGGGACAGUCUCGAGAUAGCGGCGCGGAAUAUUUUGAUUUAUCGUCCAAGGAGUUAAAGGCAAUUGAGCAGGCACGUUUAGACGCGCUACAAGUGGCCAAACCUUCAGCCCUAUCUACCGAUGAUGAUGAAUACGAUGAAUACGAUGACGACGACGAAGAUAAUAACGAUCGCAACGACGAGCAGUCUUCUCUGCAGAAGACCCAGUCCCUGGUACAUAUACGGCUCACAAAGCCGGGUACCGUUCGUUUGGAACGUAUCCUUGAUGCCUCUGGCAUCGAAUCGCGACUGGUAUAUCCAGCAGAGGUAAUGGUAGCUCCGUGUCCGCGAGUGGCGUUCGUUGGAGCCAGCAACCUCGACAUUCGCUGCGCAGGAGAGGAUCCGGACCACCAGCUUAUGAUUGAUAUCAGCGGCGUCACACCCUUGAGCCUGAGGUGGUUCAAGAUGAUAAAUGGAAAGCGGGAGAGCUUCCUCGUAGAAGGCAUCGAGAGCAACCAUGAUGCAGAACUGAAGGGAACGGGCAUGGAAGUGACUCGGAGACGUUUGAUACCUUCACAGCUGCAGGUUCCACUAUCAGUAUCAUCUGAUACAGUUGGGACCCAUCUCUAUGCACUGGAGGAAGUCAUGGACGCGGUAGGCAAUAUUGUUCGUGUUGGCUCUGACCUGCCAUCAUCGACAUCAGGACAAGGCGAAUCGUUCAGUACCACGACUACCCGCUCCUUCCAGGUGCUUCGUCGCCCAGCAGUGUCAUUCAAGCAUUGCGGUCCUGGCAAUCCAACACCCCUUCUCAUUGGUUCCGAAGCGUCAUUAACCGUAUCGGCGAACGAGGCUGAUUCAUUUGACUUACCUUUGGAGGUUACGGUCGAAUACCAACCUUCAAGUGGCUCAGAUAGCGGCGGUUUCGAUGUAAAACGCUCCAAGCCAUGGAAAGAGACGUUGUCAACACAGGGUAACCGAAGGGACGUCAAUAUUCAGGCUGAUGCACCUGGUGAAUAUACAAUCGAGAAAGUUAAAGGAAAGUGGUGUAAAGGUGACGUCCUCGCCCCAGAGACGUGCCAAGUCGUUGAACGGCCUUUCCCCUCCGCUGAAAUAGACUGGAAAAAAAUUCAUGAGUGUUCUGGGGACACCGGCGUUUCUGCGGCACUUGUGUUGCACGGAACGCCACCAUUUCACGUCUAUUAUCGCAUUCAGCAAGACAAUCAGCCGCCUCGCAACAUAACGAAAACUUUCGCUACAUCUCGUGGAGAACUGACUAUCCAGCCGGAACGCAGUGGACAUUAUGUCUUCUCUUUUACGCACAUCAGCGAUGCCUACUAUAGGAAGGUGGAAUUGGACGGUCCUAGUAUCGAUCAAAUAAUUCACCCUCCUGCAUCGGCUGAUUUCGCUGGUGGAGAACGAAGUACUCCAAGGACCAAGAGGCAAAUGAGUAGCUGCGAAGGAGGUUCGGUCGAUGUCGAUGUCGAACUUCGGGGCUCUGGGCCUUGGAAUCUCGAAGUUCAAGUUGUCGGCCCCAAAAGUUCGGAUACGCUGCUAAUUAAAAAUAUCGAGACUUCAAGGAAAACCCUCCAUAUACCAGUUCCAAAACAAGUGGACAGGAUUGGAGGGACUUUUGAAAUUGACCUCGCCAGUAUCGAAGACAAGUACAAGUGUAAACGACCCAUAUCUGUACCCGGCAUUUCUGUCAACGUCAAAAGAAUCAAGUCCACCGUGAAGUUUUACGGUGAACGCGACAGGUGCCAUGUCACUGUGCUGGAGAAUGAGAAGGCCAGUUUACCUCUGCGCCUAACUGGGGAUGGACCAUGGAAGUUGAGGUAUCGUCGCGUGGAAGAUCCACAACAAGUCUUGACAGCAACUCUCACAACACCAAAUGACUUUCUUCAUGUUACAGACAAAGGAACGUAUGAGAUUCUGGAGAUAUCCGACUCUCAAUGUCGGGGUUCUGUGAUUGAAGAUGCCUCGACGUAUCGCGUAGACUGGAUCCCCAAACCAUCUGCCAAACUUUCUCAGAACACGGAAGCAACGUACGAGCCCUACAAUGGCUCCUACAUUCUUCCGCCUAUUUGUGAAGGCAUGACUGAUCAUGUCGACCUUGAUCUGAGCGGACGUCCCCCAUUUGAGAUCAUGUAUAACAUCGCGCAAAAUAGUGAGACUGGAGGAACAAAGCUCAUCGAUCAACCGACGUUCAACAGCAUACAACCCCACACACGUCUCCAGCUUCAGACGUCAAAUCCUGGACGUGUGUACUACGAAGUCAAGCAGAUUGGUGACUCAUCAUAUCCUUUGGCGAAGCAUCGUAACGCAGUCAUUCCCCGGUCAGAACGGCUCUUGUUUGAGCAACAAGUAUCCAUGCGUCCCUCUGCCCAAUUCAAGAACCGCAACCGGGUUCCAUACUGCCUCAAUGACGCAUUCACACCUUUGGACCAUAUGUCUUCCGAUGGAAUGAUCCUCUUCCAGGGUACACCACCUUUCAAACUCCGGCUAACUAUCAAAAAUGUCGCCACCAGCCUUGUGGAUGCGAAGACUAUCGAAACGUACAGUUCCGCCUGGAAGAUUGAUUUGCCUUCAUAUCAUUUCACGAGUGUCGGCGCUCAUCUCGUUACCAUUGACUCCGUGUCCGACGCAUCGAGCUGUGACCAUGCAGCGUUGGACCCUCUUGCAAGUUCUAUUUGGGUUGAUGUCGCAGAAACAGCCGCUGUUGUUCCCUUCGACAAGCGUGAAGACUAUUGUAUUGGCGACCUGGCACAAUUCCAGCUUGAAGGUAUUCCGCCAUGGACCAUCGGAUACCGUAUCAAUGGACGCGCUUACACGCAGGAAGCUACGACGUCGCCUUUCUCAUUGAGUCAGCAGCAAGCCGGAGAAUUUACAAUCACCUCCAUAUCGCAUCAACAAAAGAUGUGUAAAGCAGUUGUGACUGAUUUACGUUUCACUGUACACCCACUGCCCUCUGCUCAAGUUGGUCAUGGAAAACGAAUCUAUCAAGAUAUCCAUGAGGGUGAUCAGGCUGAAAUUGUCUUCACCCUUAUCGGCGAGCCGCCAUUUACGUUCACUUACCAAAGGUCUGAGCCUGUCACGAAGAAGGGUGGUAAACCAGGAAAAGUUCUCGAGACCCACACUGUUUCCCGAGUAUACUCGAAAGAGUAUUCGAUUUUUUCUGCGUUGGAAGGAACAUGGACAGUAACUUCAAUAUCUGAUCGCUACUGUCGUUACCCUGCUUCUCAACCCGACGCAGGAACGGAGAAACAAAAACACUGAAUCUAGUUUGAUUUGAUCUUUGCAUGUGCUAUCAUAUUUGUAUCAUACCCGCAUUGUAGUAUUUGCUUCACGCAUCAGAAAGGACUCAACAGCUUGCACGUUUAUCAAGUUUUGGUAUACAUUUCGGUUUUCUUCCCCUUACACUCCAAAUUUUCCGCGUGGCAUUACUCCCCUGGGACCUCUAAACCUGGG